GCAGGAAGCCAGCAGUGACAUCACUUUCCAGAAGUCCCCUUCAGGUUUCAGACAGCGACGAAGAGGCAGCAAAAUAAAGGGAGAGCGCUACUUACUCUCUGGGAGUCCUGUUGGUUCGAGUUGAUAUCCACACAAACACUGAGCAGAAUGUCUCUGUAUCCAUCCCUGGAAGACCUGAAGGUCGACAAGGUCAUCAAGGCUCAGGCCCAGUUUGCACAGAGCACCGCCCCCAUGCCAGCCAUCACUGAGGGAACCUACCAGCCUCAGCCUGUUACUGCUGGGAUGCCAGGAUCCAGUUUGUACCCUAAUCUGGAGGAGCUGGGAGAUUACAUGGGUCUGGCCCUCAACAGCGAUGAAGUCCAGCGGAACCUGGCUCUUGUUCCUGUGGCUGACGAUCAGGUGGCGCUGCCUUCCAGCUCAGGCCUGGGGGCGAUGGUCCGCCCCGUGACGGGAACAGACAUGGGCAUCAGGAGGGCAGAGAUCCGCCCCGGCCUUCGAGAGAUCAUCCUCUGUAAGGACCAGGAUGGGAAGGUCGGGCUCCGGCUGAGAGCCAUCGACAACGGGCUGUUCGUCCAGCUGGUCCAGGCCAACUCCCCCGCCGCCCUGGCCGGGCUGCGCUUCGGGGAUCAGGUUCUUCAGAUCAACGGACAGAACUGCGCUGGCUGGAGCACAGAUAAGGCCCACAAGGCUCUUAAAGCUGCGGCGGAGACCCGCAUCGAGAUGGUGGUCAGGGACAGACCUUUUCAGCGCACCAUCACCAUGCACAAAGACAGCUCAGGACACGUGGGCUUCAUCUACAAGUCUGGAAAAAUCACCUCUCUGGUCAAAGACGGCUCUGCUGCUCGCAACGGCCUGCUGACCGAACAUUACAUCUGUGAAAUCAACGGACAGAACGUCAUCGGACUCAAGGACUCUCAGAUUAAGGACAUUCUGAACACUUCCCCCACCACCAUGACCAUCACCGUCAUGCCCAAGUUAAUCUAUGAGCACAUGAUAAAGAGGAUGUCCACCGGCCUGCUGCGGUCCUCCAUGGACCACUCCGUCCCUGAGGUGUGAGGACCGUCAGCCAUGCUGAAAACCGUCACCAUGUCUACAGAAUAGUUCCUCUUGUCAUUUUUAACCGUUUUUUCUUCUGUCUUCAUACCAAGAAGCCUUCAACUUUACAUCACAAUCGUUUUCCUUCAUUACCUGUAACAUAUUCUUAAAAAAAACUUUUUUACUCUUCGUAUUUCUACAUUUUAUCAUUAGUACUGUCUGUAUGUUAACUUAGUAGUCUGAUAUGUAGUACGCAUCUGUUUUUCUUUUUUUUUUUUUAUUCAGGAUUAGGACUAUAGAGUAAGUUUUGUUUGUUUUUUCUUCUUUUUAAAAAGAAACAUGCACAAACUAUCAUGAGUCCAGAUCUUCCUCCUCAGUAUGGAGCCAAGUCGGUGACACUUCAUCCUUUCCUAAAUGCUGUAGAAGUUGAUCGGCAGCCAUGCGGAUAGAAGAUGUAGUCUCUGCACACCUUUUUUUUUUCUGUAAAUAAUCCAAUCUGAAUUAACACAUGGGCUUUCCGAAUCAAAAAUAAACUAAUCUAAUUUCAGUGUACAGCCAUA